GAGGCAGAAACACCCUUUGCAAAAUGCCCUUGUCUAGCCCCAGGGAAUGUCUGGUCAUGUAGGAUAAUUGAAUAUGACACAUGUUCAGAAGAAAUCAGGUGAAGCUUCUAGAGCCUGGAAGUGUGUUAGAUGCUGCUAGGGUGGUGUCCUCCUCUGUAAAAUGGAAUUGAAAGUAGUCCUUAGACCUGAUUUCCUUCCCUGGAAUGCUCUAUUCUUUUCCAAAUGAAAAAAGUGCGUGUGUCAGGGAGUUCAAUUUCUAAUAACUCUCAGAAGGAAAAAGUGAACACUGAGGAAAGAGAGCAUACCACUGAACAUCCAAACCAGCACCAUGUCAACAGUGGAGCAGGCAUGGAUGGGAAGAAAUGCAGUGUGUGGAUGUUUUUACCCCUUGUUUUUACCUUGUUUACUUCAGCUGGACUAUGGAUAGUAUACUUCAUAGCUGUGGAAGAUAACAAAAUUUUCUCUUUAAAUGCACCUGAAAGGAAACCUGGUCAGAAACAUGCACCCUAUAUAAGUAUUGCAGGUGAUGAACCUCCUGCAAGUUGUGUGUUCAGUCAAGUGAUGAACAUGGCAGCAUUUCUUGCCCUUGUGGUAGCAGUUCUUCGUUUCAUACAGUUGAAACCCAAAGUUUUAAACCCAUGGCUGAACGUGAGUGGCUUGGUGGCCCUGUGCCUGGCUUCCUUUGGAAUGACAUUACUGGGUAAUUUUCAGCUCACCAACGAUGAAGAAAUCCAUAAUGUGGGCACUUCCCUAACUUUUGGAUUUGGUACAUUGGCGUGUUGGAUCCAGGCUGCUCUGACGCUCAAAGUCAACAUCAAGAAUGAGGGUCGGAAGAUUGGGAUUCCAAGGGUGAUACUAGCAGCAUCUAUUACUCUCUGUGUGGUCCUCUAUUUCAUUCUCAUGGCCCAAGAAAUCCACAUGUAUGCAGCCCGGAUUCAGUGGGGCCUUGUGAUGUGCUUCCUGUGUUACUUUGGCACCUUUGCCGUGGAGUUCCGACACUACCGUUAUGAGAUUGUUUGCUCCGAGUACCAAGAGAAUUUCCUGAGUUUCUCUGAAAGCCUAUCAGAAGCAUCUGAGUAUCAAACCGACCAAGUGUAAUUUGACUUACUUUGACCUUGAUGAUGGUGACCAUGGGGAAAGGAGUAGGGGCUGACACAGGCAAAAAAUGUCACAUAUGACAUAUGACACUCACCAACACACACACACACGUAUGUUCAUAGCCACUAUCACUAAAGAGCCUCUCUUCAGGGUGGAUUGUUUCUUUAAAGGGGAAAAAAAAAAGAGUAUGAGCCCCUACAUGGAAAUUCUUGUAUCUUCAAUACAAACCACAGACCAAGAAGCUUUUGCAAGACCAUGUAUCUCCCCCACCCCUUGCUUGUCUCUUUUUCCCAAUCCUCCCCACUCCCCUGCCCUCCUUACCUAUUAUGGUUUCUCCAUUCAUAUCCUUUACUAUUAGGUAGGAUCACUCAAAAGGGGAAUGGAGAAGGCACCAAUUCCUCAAGCUUUUCUUCAGGUCUAAGGAAGAUUGGAACAAGCCAUUCAAAAUCUUCAGAGUUCUGACCCAGAUGAGCUUCAUAAUGGAUGACCCUUGUCUGAAUGGAAGUUAUCCAAAGAAAAGUACUGAGAUAUUGGGGGCUUGGGGGAGCCUGCCAUCCCAACAGACACUUGUUUGUUUCAUUGUGACUUAAAAGUGGUGCCAUGUGUGUCCAAUGAAAAAUUACGUUCCAUAAUUUUAGAGAGAGACUCUACUAGGAUGGAUUACAGAACUACCAUUCAUGUGAAACAAGAUGAAGAUGUGAUUUUGUUUUUAAAUGUACUUCCUAUAGUCUAUCCUGGAUAGUAUUUUUUGUUUCUCUCACUCCCCAAAAUUGUCUCUUCAGUAUCAUUUUGCAUCUCAUGGUCAGAAAAGGAUCGAUGUCUGCCUUGUAUUGUAGCCAUUCACAAUAAGUCAGAAUGUUAUCCCCUGAAGAUUUAAUUUACUGGGAUUGGGGUGGGAUGGGGGUUUCCAUUAGAGGAAGCUAAGAUAACUUAUAGGAAAGGAUAAGCUAUAGAGAAGGACCAAAAAGAGCUGAAGGUUGUCUCAGAUGAGCCAUCAUGAAAAGGCAAGCAUUAGGUUACCUUAGUGCAAGUUUGAAAGCAAAAGAGGCCCAUGAAAUGCUCAGACUUUGUUUCUUAUUCUUCUUGGUGCCCCAGUAUUCCAUGGAUGCAUGGCUUCUAGUGUGUCUGGGGGGUGGAGGCUGCCACAAUUCAAUCAUAUCAUCCUGCCUGCGCUUUGUUCUGGAGAUCCUCCUGACUGGCUCAGAGGAGCUGAGAUUUCACAGAUUUACAGUUUUAAAAACUACUGCUUUGGAUCCAAUGAAGGAAACAUCAGCAAAAAAUCAUUAAAGAACAAAAACUAAAACUAAGGAACGAGAUUUUUAUUUUAUUUUAAAUAUGGUGGGACUGUCACCCACAUGAGGUGCAAGAAUAAAUGUAGUUGUGAAAGGGUUUAAAAAAAAAAAACUAGAAAAAGUAAAUUUUUUUGGCUAAAAGUCAGCAAGCAUCAUGCAGGAAAAAUUUCAAGCAAAGAAUAAUCUUUUUAUUAAAAGGGCAUCUAUUUGUAAAUAUUCCAAGGUAACAUUUAUUCUUUUUAAAAAGAAAAAAACUGCUUUUGUUUUUAUCAUUUUUAUAUUGUAAAAUUUUAUCAAAGAAAAACAUAGAAGGUGUGUGAUGACUUCUUUAACUUUCCACAACUAAAGAUCAAGCUGCUGACUUUGGGUGGUGGGAUAUUGUACUAUGCUUGUGAGAGUCUGUCUAAUGGUGCCCUCUGGCAAAGCUAAGCAAUUAUCAGUAUCACACACAGGGUCAGGACCACUAAAUAAAAUGCUUUUAUGACAAAA